UUGAACUCCAGCUCGUGUCUCUGCAUCUCUUAUUAAUGGACUGAAAAUGGACAUUUGGAUAAAAGUGUCUUUAUUGAACCACAGCUCCUCGCUCAUGUGUGACUCUCUGGUAAAGUGGAGCGCACGGGCUGGACUCGGACUUGUCACUUGUGCGUGAGAUGAAAAAGCUCUUCGAGGGUUUUCACGUUAAAUUCACAAUGAGCGCGCACAUCCCGGAGUCCAACUCCAGCGGCAACUUGACUCCCGCGGUGACCGGGGCUGGCGCCGCGUUCCAGGGCUACAAGGUGAUCAUCCUGUCGGUGCUCAUGGUGGCGCUGGUCGUGGUGGUGGUGGCCGGGAACGCGCUGGUCAUCACGGCUUUCAUCGUGGACAAAACCCUGAGGACUCAGAGCAACUACUUCUUUCUGAACCUCGCCAUAUCUGAUUUUCUCGUGGGUGCCUUCUGUAUCCCGGUGUACAUCCCGUACAGCCUGAUGGGUCGAUGGAUGCUGGGUAAGGGUCUCUGCAAGGUGUGGCUCAUCAUGGACUACCUGCUCUGCGCUGCAUCAGUCUUCAACAUUGUCCUCAUUAGUUAUGACCGCUUCCUGUCAGUCACAAGAGCUGUUAAAUACAGAGCACAAAGAAACAUGACCCGCCAGGCUGUGUUCAAGAUGGUGGCGGUGUGGGUGUUGGCCUUCAUCCUCUACGGCCCUUCCAUCAUCUUCUGGGAGGCAAUCUCCGGAAAGACCAUGGUCCAGCCCCACGAGUGCGAGGCAGAGUUUUAUCACAAUUGGUACUUUCUGCUCUGCGCUUCGACCUUCGAGUUCUUUACCCCAUUCGUGUCGGUGGCCUUUUUCAACCUCAGCAUUUACCUAAACAUCCAUCGCAGGAACAAGAGCGGAAGCGCCUGUGCCGGGGACGACGUCAAGACUCAGAAGAACAAUAAGAAGUCCAGCGACGGUGGAGCCUGGACUGUGUUUUUUGUCAAAACUCGAAAGGUGUCAUCCAGCGAGCCCACUGCUAUCUCUGCAGUUAUCGAGGAUGAUGACAUCCUUUCCAGUGGGGAUCCAAAUACCAGUCAGAUAUUCACGCAGAGGGAGAAGUGCUCUCCGAACAGAAAAAACUCCAGGCUGUUUCAGCACACAGCCUCCUGCAUGGCGCCCGGUCGUAGGACACAGGGAUCUCGCCUUUCCAGAGACAAAAAGAUUGCCAAAUCUUUGGCCAUUAUCGUCUGUAUAUUUGGGAUUUGCUGGGCUCCUUAUACUCUACUAAUGAUUAUCCGUGCUGCUUGUAGUGGCAAUUGUGUGGCAAAACACUGGUAUGAGAUAACAUUCUGGCUUCUUUGGUUGAACUCUGCCAUCAACCCGUUCUUGUACCCUCUGUGCCACAGCAGCUUUCGAAGGGCUUUCUCAAAGAUACUGUGUCCUAAGAGACAAUCAGUGCAGCCUCAGAUUGAGACUCAGUCUUGUUAGACAAACUCCACUACACUUCCAUGCUUAAUGAAUGCAGUAACUGUUGUUGGUCCAACACUGUAAAAACCCAUGUACUGUUCUUCCGUCAGAAAAGAUUAAGACAAAUGUUUACAUUAAAGUGAGGAUUGUCAGAGUAUAUUUGAUAGCAAUAUAACAAGACGUAGUGUGAGAAUGAAAAACGGCCGAUAUGAUUUUCUUAAUGAAAGGGUAAAGCAGUGGUCUAUGUCUCACCUUUAAAAGUGAAAUUGUCCUUGAUUAAAGUGCCUCAAUGAUCUGAUGUGAGAUUUUCAUCUUUAACCUUGCCAGACAAUCUCUGCAAACAGGACUCAAAAGAACGUUAUGGUAAGGCUUUCUCCCCACUGAGCUCUUUAUGUGCUGAAGACAUUAAAUUAUACAGCCGGGCAGAGAGUGAUUACCAUAAUUUAGUCAGAGAUGUUAUACAAAAACUCGAGCAUACCAGGUUCUUAAAUUGCAGUGUGUCGGAAUUCAAGAAUUCAAACAAAGGGAGACAACAGUGCAAACAUCUAGUUUUUCACAGGGCUGCUGUUGCAAGAAAAGAUUUGUAUGCACGGCAAUUCAUUUGAAAAUGAGGGCCCUUUGCCUGUAGUUUGCAAUUUCAAGUUUUUCAUCAUGCAGCAAUAGAACUUGGUACAUUGACAAAUGUGGAGUCCUUGAAGCUGCUGAACAGAAGCAGUUAAACUGCAUUAGUUCACUGAAUACUGAGUGUACUUUUUACCACAGUGAUGUUUUCUAUCAUUUUAUCUGAAAAGCAAGUGAGUGGCAGGGUGAAUCAGCUAUUUUCUGCCAAUACUGUAUCUGGACUUAAUUUCUUGUUGAUGUUCAAGAUGUACAGCACUACAACAUGAGGAAAGCAUUAAAACUUUUGUACAAUAAUGUCUGUG